AUGGAAGUUUCUACCCGUGCAACAACAAGCAGCAUGGAUUUAAGCACAAUGUUCACGGCUAUGAUUGAAAAAUUUAAAGAAGUUGAAGAAUCUUCAAGAGCCAACAACGAAAACAUGGAAGCAAAAUUACAAGAAAAUUCUAGAGCCAACAAUGAGAAACUGUUAGCAGAAGUUAAAGAGUUGGCCUCAACACUUUCGCUUCUUGCUAGUGGCUCUUUUCAAUAUGCAGUUGGUAAUGAUUACCUCAUUGGUAUGUCCCAAAGCACGAUUAGCAAAAUGGUCACAAGGGUGGCAAAGGAAAUGGAGGUAAAGCUAUGUCCAAAUUUGAUAAAAUUUGAUCCAGAGCAAUCCAAUGAAUGUAUGGAAACUUUUAUGAGGAAAUAUAAGAUCCCUGGAGUUAUAGGCUGCAUAGAUGGCACUCACAUAGGUCUUCAAAAACCUUCCGAUAACGAACACAUGUUUUUUAAUAGAAAAGGUUUUCACAGCCUAAACUCUAUGGUGGUAAAUUUCUUAAGAAUAUGUUUUUUAAAACUUACAUAUUAUGAUCAUGAAUAUAAGCUUCUGGCUAUUAAUUCCAAGUAUGGUGGUGCAGCACACGACUCUUUUGUAUGGAAACAUUCGAAUGAAAGGGAUUUGUUGGAAGAUCUAUCCAACAAUAAAAAACCUAAAAAUUCUUGGCUUUUGGGGGACUCCGGCUACCCUUUAGAGCCAUGGUGUAUAACACCAUAUAGGAAUCCCGCUGAAGGGUUAAUGGAAACUCAUUUCAAUGAGGUUCACUCAAAAGCUAGAUGCAUUGUUGAAAGAUCUAUUGGAAUUUUCAAAGCCCGGUGGAAAGUUCUUUCUAAUGAUAAAAGAAGUCGCUACUGCCCCCAAAAAAUUGCACUUUUGGCAAAUGCGUGUGCAGCACUACAUAAUAUUUGCAUAAAAUUCAAAGUGGAUCAGUACACUGUAAUUAGUGUUACUGAAUCUACCCAAAUUGAGGUUGAUGUAGGAGCUGAAACAAAUGUAACGAGAAUUGGCAGUAAAAAAUAG